AACAGAGAGUAAUUUGUUGAUAUCCUGUUUGGUAGUCCUUUCCUAUUAGCUGUUUUCAUUUACCAGUUCAAGGGUACUUUUCAUUUAAAGCGAACUGUAACGUCAACGUGUUCAUAUGAAGGGCUAAUGGAAGACACACGGGAUCUGGCUGAACGCACCCCACGUUCAGAACGUAAGCGGAGGGAUUCAUUUGGGAUGUUUGAUGGCUACGAUAGUUGCAGCGAGGAGUCAACCAGCAGCUCCAGCUCUGAGGAUAGUGAGGAUGAAGUGGUGCCCUCCAUCCCUGCCAGUCUUCCCAUCAUCAAGAACAAUGGCCAGGUCUAUACCUACCCCGAUGGAAAGGCUGGAAUGGCCACCUGUGAGAUGUGUGGAAUGGUUGGAGUUCGAGAUGCUUUUUAUUCCAAAACAAAGCGUUUCUGCAGUGUUUCUUGUUCCAGGAGCUAUUCUUCAAAUUCCAAAAAAGCAAGCAUAAUGGCAAGACUCCAGGGCAAACCACCAACAAAAAAAGCAAAAGUCUUACAGAAACAACCUCUAAUGGCAAAGUUGGCAGCCUAUGCUCAGUACCAAGCAAGUCAACAGAACCAGACCAAAUCAAAAGCUGUGGUCACUGCUGAAAGCUUUGACUGGGGUCACUAUAUAUGUGGCAAUAACACAUCUGGUGCUCCAGUCAGCUGUUUCAAGCAUGCCCCUAUGGGGACAUGCUGGGGAGGUAUAGAGGAAGGUGUGAGAAUUGAAGUGCUCAACUCUGACACCAACCACUCCGCAAAGGUAUACUGGAUAGCAGAAAUCGUUAAGCUAGCAGGGUUCAAGGCGCUCCUGCGUUAUGAAGGUUUUGACAUUGACAGCAGUAAAGACUUCUGGCGUAAUAUCUGCAUCCCUGAGGUUCACCCAGUGGGCUGGUGCGCGUCUAGUGGAAAACCUCUUGUACCUCCAAAAAGCAUACAGCAUAAGUAUUCAAACUGGAAAACUUUUCUUGUGAAGCGUCUUACUGGAGCUAAAACACUGCCACCCGACUUUAAUGCCAAGGUCCAUGAGAACACACAAUUUCCUUUUAAGAAGCUGAUGCGGGUGGAGGUUGUGGAUAAAAACUAUCUCUGUCGGACACGUGUGGCGUUGGUGGAGCAAGUAAUCGGAGGUCGCCUCAAGCUCGUCUAUGAAGAGAGCCAGGAUGGGUCUGACGACUUCUGGUGCCACAUGUACAGCCCUCUCAUUCAUAAUAUUGGAUGGUCACGCAGCAUUGGACACCGCUUUAAAAGAUCUGACGUAACAAAGAAAAUUGAAGGUCAAGUCGAUGCUCCGCCACAGCUCUUCCAUAGGGUUAGAGAUGUGGACCAAAGUGGGGACUGGUUCAAAGAUGGAAUGAAGUUGGAAGCGAUUGACCCCCUGAACCUCUCAGCUAUAUGUGUAGCCACUGUAAGAAAGGUGUUGGCAGACGGGUAUCUCAUGAUUGGAAUUGAUGGUUCUGAGGCAGUGGAUGGAUCAGACUGGUUCUGCUACCAUGGCACCUCACCCUCCAUCUUCCCUGUUGGCUUCUGUGAAAUCAACAACAUUGACGUGACACCCCCUCGAGGGUACACUAAGCUGCCAUUUAAAUGGUUUGACUACCUCAGAGAAACCGGUUCAGUGGCUGCUCCUGUUAAGUUUUUUAACAAGGAAGUUCCAAAUCAUGGAUUUCGACAAGGCAUGAAGCUAGAGGCAGUUGACCUGAUGGAGCCACGACUGGUGUGUGUUGCUACAGUGACAAGAAUUGUACAUCGUCUACUACGGAUCCAUUUUGACGGCUGGGAGGAUGAGUAUGACCAGUGGGUUGACUGCGAGUCACCUGAUCUGUAUCCUGUGGGCUGGUGUCAGCUGACCGGCUACCAACUCCAACCUCCUGCAUCCCAGAGUAACAGAGAAAUAUCUCAGUCACUACCCAAACAGAAGAAAAAGUCACAGCAGUACAAAGGACAAAAGAAAAAGAGGAAGAUUCCGGUUGGUCGACGGCCCUUCAGUCAGGCAGGCAUGAGGAGGAGCUUCUCAGGGGAUGAAGAGCAGAGUCCACCCCCAUAUCAUGUUGAAGGGCCAGCUCAGCCCCAACUCCGACUCCAAGUCCACCAAACCCACAAUUCAGACUCCCUCCUACGAAUGAAAGAAGAGACAAUGGAGGUGGAUGAGUUCAACUUUUCACAGGGCACCUCUGACCAGGAGAGCAAUGGCUCUGGCACCUACUAUAUCAAACAGGAGCCCUAAGAUCUAAAGAUCAGAACAGGACAAAGAGGGAAAUGACAGUGACUCUGCAAGGAUCAAUCCAAACUGAAAUGGCACACAGAGAUGCAUAUUUCCAGUGGAGAAGUAAGGUAUUUUCUGUAGUCAUUUCUAAGUGUGUGUAUAAAGCCAAGUUUGGAAAAGCACCCAGGACUUGGUCACAAAUGUUUGACCGUUCUUCUUUUAUCUUCUUUCUCGUGUCAACUGUUUGAGCAUUAAAACCAAUGGUAAAAAUG